AUGGUGUCCGACGAGCACUACGAGUUGGCUUUGCCCAUCUUGCAGGAUCUCACGCUGGAGGACGAGGACAAGACGGACAAGCUGGAGGACCUUUUCCGCAAGGAGACGUCCCUGACCGGUCCUUCACUCGACAACGCCAUCCUGGAUGCUCUGUGGCGCUAUCGCGAUAGCGGCGGAAGCUCCACGUCGCCACCACCCAUCCGCCAAACCAUUCUCCGACGUCCCUCUCCAGCAUCGUGGCGCGGCUCGCCAACUCCCCUCUCCGGGUCUCCAAGGCUCGCCGUGAGCCCCCUUGCUCCUCCAGGCUUCGUCCCCUCCACCUUUGGCCGGGCCAAGUCAUCCACAGCCUCACCCUUUUCGUCUCCACGAGCCUCGCCGCGCCUGGCCCUUGCGACCCCCGUGAUCCCCCAUAGUCCCAACCUGAACGCGUACGAGUUCGCAAGCGACCCGACCCCUGCCACCGAGAUACUGGGCGAAUACCAAACCGAGAACGUCGAGUGGCUCGUCAGUGACGAUGCUGCGAGCGUUACCUCGUCCGUCGGCACCUCGAGUGGCCUAAAUGCUGCCGCCCCCGAGUUUUCCUCCAUGUCUGCUCAGUCGUCCGAUAUGUCGCCCUAUGACAUGCUACGCUCUAUCCUCGGCCAGGCCAGGACUGACGAGGAGAUCGAGGCUGCGCUGGCGCUGCACGGCUACGACCUGAGUGCGACCAUUGUGUCCAUCAUGGAGAGCCAGGCCCAAGACGGCACCUUGUCUGCUACAUCUUCGGAAGAGACCAAGAACGUCCUGAUUGGAAAAUCUGUAUCCCCCAAUAGCCGCCCAACCACGCCUCUCGGACAGCAAAAAUCUGGGGUCAUUUGCAAGUUCUACAUGUCCACGGGCCAGUGUCUUCGUGCAGACUGUCGUUUUAGCCAUGACCUCAGCAAUCACCUCUGCAAGUACUGGGUGAUGGGAAACUGCUUGGCUGGAGAGACGUGCAUUUUCUCGCACGAUCCUGCGAAGCUCAUGAACAAACUCACUCUCGAUGGAUCCAGCACACCGCCCAUCAAGGGGCAGGGAAGUUUACAACUAGGGGACCUCAACUCCUUCCCAUCCCUCCAACCCGGAACCCCGGAGCAAUUGAGCGCCUUCGUUGGAGGACUCAACCUCCCGUCUGUUGGCAUCACUCCACCACCAGGUUUGAAACAUUUCCAUGGGACCGAGAGCCCGCGCGCACGAUCUCGACCCGGCAGCCGGCACCAAGUUAAGGACUCGGGGGUUUCUGCACCGGCCUUUGAUGACAAUGAUGCUUUCCCCUCGUUGGGGUCCGCUUCUGCCAAGCAGGGCAAGAAGCAUCAUGGCAAGCGUGGCGGCCACGGUCAUGCUCACAAGGAGAACUUUGCCCCAAGUUCACUGGCCGAUAUUGUCAAGAUGACUCCGGCUCCGGUUCCUGGAUCCCCUCGUGUCGAAGCUAAGAAGGUUGGACGCAACGGCGUCGCAACAGGUGGGCGGAACGGAGAGAAUAGCGCUACGGCUCAGGCGAUUCCCAGCCCGAAGAAUAUUCCGUGGUUAGAAACGGGAGAGCGGGCGAACAGAGCCUACCUGAAGGCCCGCCAAGAGGCUAUCAAGCACGGCGGCCUUCGUAACAAGUUUCUGCAAAGUGCUGCGCAAGCCUGGAACCGCAAUGACGCCAGGGCAGCCAAGGCUCUCAGCCUGCGAGGUCAGAGCGAGAACGAUUUGAUGCGCAAAGCACACCGAGAGGCAGCGCGAGAAUUGUACCAAGAGCGCAACAGGGGUAACUCGAGCGGACUAGAGAUCUACGUUGACUUGCACGGGCUACACCCCGAGGAGGCGGUCGAGUACCUGGAAAAGGUGCUGAUGGAGAACAGCAAGGAGUCUCGUGCCGUCUACGCCAUCACCGGGUCGGGUCACCACAGUAAGAACGGCAAAGACAAGGUGGGCAGGGCCGUCCGCAACUUCCUCAACGAGUGGCGAUACGCAUACAGGGAGUUUUCGGUUCCUGGAGACCGUAACAACAUGGGAGGCAUCCUGGGCAUCGACGCCCGCAGCUGGGACAAGUCGCUCGCGCGCGAGAGCGGAGCAGACGAGGACAAGGAGGAGGAGGAAGAAGAGGAGGAGGUGGAUAUCCUCAGCCAGGGCGUAGAGAUCGGCGACGGCAAAGUCAGGCUGCUCGUGCGAGAUCCGCCCAAGGGUCCCAGCGGGCGGCGAUGA